AUGUCUAGUAUCUGGAUGCAGCGAGAGAUUCAGUGGACUGUCCAUUGGUUCAAGAAAUGGACAGUGUUGCAAAGAGAAGAAUUUCUCAAGGAACUGGUGGACAAAUCUUUGCCUCAGCUUCCACAAGCACUGGACAUUGCAAUGAGACGAUUGAACAUGGAAGAAGAUCCUGAUGUAUUUCAUUGUCAGUUGCGUCUCUUCUCCGAGUGGUUCGAAGGAUGGUCUAACAUUGAGAAGAAUGGACUUGUUGAGAAACUAAAACUGGUAGAUCCAUCAUUUGUAGAAAGACUAAGCAGUAUUUUGUCUUCCAUUGCAUGCUGUCGUUGA